GUACAAAGUUCAAAUUGUCUCGGGACAACGUGCUCUUUGAACAUGACGUACGGAAACUCGGUCAUCGAGGCUAACUUGGCACAGGAUAACCUGACCCUAGCCACGGACUCGGUCGUUGGCUACCCUUUCAGCUGCAUUAAAAAAGCCACGGGGGGUUCAUUCCCGCCACAAGGCGUUUUAGGCCUCGGUCGUGGUCCGUUAUCUUUUGUAUCCCAAUCUCAGACCCUGUACAAGUCCACCUUCUCUUACUGUCUUCCUAGUUUUAAGUCUUCCAAUUUUUCUGGAACCCUGAGAUUAGGUACAAACGGGCAACCGAUUAACAUGAAAUACACACCGUUGCUCGUAAACCCUCGAAGAACCUCGCUUUACUAUGUGAACCUUAUCGGAAUCAGAGUCGGCUCGAAGGUCGUCAACAUCCCCCCGAGUGCAUUAGCUUUUAACCCAAACACUGGUGGUGGCACCAUCAUCGAUUCAG